AUGUCGGGUGGUUUGUUGGAGAUUCCGGCUUUCGUCAUUGGAGUGGCGGGUUUGUUCACAUCCUGUGUCGAUGCCUUCGGCUACUUCAAGCUCUACCAAAAUGCGACCAGGGAUAUCGAAAUCAUACUGGUGAAACUCGACAUCGAGAAGGCCAGGCUCAUCAUCUGGGGCGAGAAUGUCGGCAUGCUCUCUGCCGAUCGUCGCAGCCCGCAGCUCCUGGACGAGAGGAUGGCCAAUCUCGUCAAGAGGGUCCUUGAGCAGAUCCACGAGCUCCUGACCGACUCAGACAAGCUGACAACUACGUACGGACUACGCAUCCCAGGCUCCUCCUUCUCACGAGCCGUCGACUACCUCAGCGCCAAGAGCCAACUCAUCUACAAGGCCUCGUCAGAUCGGUUCUGGGUUCGAAACGCAUCACGCCUGGCAGGUUUCACCCGCGGAAGCAGGGCAGCGAGGACGAAGUGGGCCAUCCACGAGAGGGAGAAGUUCCAAGAACUCGUCAACAACCUCGGUCACUUUAUCGACAGGCUAAUUGAACUCAUUCAUGUUUCCCGGGAGAUUCUAGAUCGCGUGGUCGUCGAAGACAUUGAAUCCAUCAUAGAUAUUUCUUGCUUAACCAUUGUGGAAGACGCCACUGAGAGCUAUCCGGUGUAUUUGGAGGCUGCGAGAUCUGCCAAGGCUUUGACCGAGGCUGGAACUCUUGAUCGCAGGACGUUAGAGGAGCACAUUCGCGACCGCAGCGACAUUGAGCCAGCACAAUCCGGACCAACAGAGGGUUCCGAAGGGUCAGAAUCAGAGCUCGAAUUCUGUAGCAGAUACAUUGUGCUGACAAGCCCGUGCCGCACGCGAACGACUGAUGAGCCAUGUGAUGUGCGUUUCCUGGGGUACCAGGUGACCAUGGGGUUAUCUGGACAGAACUAUAGGCCGAAGUGGGAUGUAUCAAGCCAUACCAGAGUCAGCCGCAACACGAUCUGGUCUAUUGUCGAGCGUUCCAUCAACGUCAGCGCGGUUAUUAAGGAGAAGGUUGAAUAUGGCGUGCUGGGAAGUCUUCUGAAACUGGGGACAUCGGACUCCGACAGCGAAGCCACUCCCGAGCAAUUGGCCUUCAUCAAGGCCGGACUCCCCCUCCUCAACCUUUACAUCUACUGCUCGCCUUGCGUGUGUCUGAUUCACACGGCGAUCACAGUGUGCAAGGAAUUGGAGUCUCCAUAUGUCACGGUUCAGCUUCGUCCUGACAGCCGAUUAGCGUCGAGCUGUUGCUCAACGGUCGGCCGGAGCCUCGGCAUGAGGGACAUUGGCGAAUGGAUCAGGACCAACGAAGCCACAGCGACUAACGGCUCAACUCCCAAUGCCCUAGCUAAAUUUCGACCGUCGGUUUAUCGGCAGGUUUAUCGAGCGGGAGCCGGCGGCUACGGUCUACCCCACUGUGAUAGCCGUACCACAAUUAGCAGGGUCAAGGAGACCAGCAAGCUCGUCCCCGGUCGCUUCGGCCGCUAGAAGGCCUAGAUCAGACAGAGUCGCCGGACGCGCAGCGCAACACAAGAGGUAGGACGGACGCUAUCAGCGAGGGCGAGGACAUGAGCGUCGCCGGAAGCGCAUAGCGACGUGUAUUUCGAGAUACUUUAGGGGGUUUUAGGUACGAUAUGGACCACAACGCGAUGACUAGACAUCGUUGAUGCCUUCAAUUGGAAACAACAGCUCCAAAGAAGCUUAGGAACUGCUUCCCAAGGUCGCUCUUCAGAC